AUGUGUAGGGCUCAGUUUGAAAAUGGAGAAUAUGGAAAUAGUUUUUUACUCGGAGACGGAGGCUAUCCAUGUCGUGAUUACAUGAUGACUCCUCUUCUUCGUCCCGUUUCUGAAGCUGAGAAAAGAUAUCAAAAAGCUCAUAUUGGUACAAGAAACGUUGUAGAAAGACUAUUUGGUGUGUGGAAAAGGAGAUUUCCGGUGAUAGCUGUAGGAAUACGCACACAGCUUAACACAACUAUGACGACCAUUGUUGCCACAGCUGUUUUAUACAACAUUUUAAAAGAACAAUGUGAUGAAAUGCCAGCUGACGAAAAUGCCGUAGAUAAUGACUUACUUCUGAAAAUUGAUAUGAACCCUGUACGGCAAACAGGCAAUUUAGUCAGAGGACAGUUAAUUGACCUGGUAUUUACAUAA